AUGUUAGAUGCACCCAUAUUUCAUCAGGAACGUAAAGCUAAUAAAGAGAAGGAGAGAGAACAACUUAUAGCACAACAAGAGAAGGAAAAUCUUACAGGUGCUCGAAAUGUAGAAGCUGAAAAAUUAAAAAAAUUGCUUACAGAAAAACAAUUAGCAAUUUUUGAGGUACCCUCAGAUGGAAAUUGUUUAUACAAAGCAGUUGAACAUCAGCUUUCAUUACAGAAUAUAACUACAACAGUAGAACAACUUAGGAAGUUAACAUCAGAAUAUAUGCUUUCACAUGCAGAUGAUUUUCUUCCUUUCUUAACUAAUCGCAAUACAGAUGAUAUAAUGACUAUGGAUGAAUUUCAACAUUAUUGUGAUGAUAUUGUUUAUACGUCUACAUGGGGUGGCCAAGUGGAACUCAGUGCACUCUCUCAUAUAUAUAAAGUACCUAUUGAAAUAAUUCAAGCAGAUGGUCCACAGUUAGUUAUUGGAGAAGAAUAUGAAAAAUCUCCUCUAGUACUCUGUUAUCAUAGACAUAUUUAUGGACUCGGAGAACAUUAUAAUUCCACAAUAGCAAGAGAAGAUAAUCCUGAAAAUGCAGAAUCAUGACAGUAAUCUUAUUUUAAAUUUAUUCUUGUCUGUAUUAAUAUUGACAAAUUGAAAUAUGAUCUUGUAUUGAAUUACAACAUGCAUUUAAAAAAUUAACAUAAAUAAAAAUAAUAAUGUAAAA